AUGUUUUGCCUACCAGUGAAAGGUAACUCGAUUUGUAUUCAGUUUCUUCUUCGUUUUUUUUUCAAUCUACGGAUUUCCGGUUUGAUUUUGGUUUCUUUUUUUUUGUUUGAAAAAACUAAGCCGGAUGUCUGAUGUGAAUUUAGAUUAUCACGCAAUUUCAGUCAGAACUUUUUUGUAAGUGAAUUUUUUUCACAGAAAAAAUGAAGAGUGUGUGAGAAAUCGUAUAGCCAAAAGAAAAAAUACAAAUUUCUAUUUUUCACCUAACAUAAAAUAGUCUAAAUUUGUAGCUAGUUGUACGAUUUCCCACGAAGUCUUAUCUUGUUUUCUUUUUCAUUUUCUCCUUUUUUUUCUUCUCGAGUGUUCCUGAACUUGUCGUUUUUUCUGUUAAAACUAAAAAAACGCCAUUAAUUUUGAAAAAAAGGAUGCGCUCCAUUCAUAAAUGAUCAGUUUUGUGUCCUCUCUUUUUAUUCUCAUUUUGCUUAUCUUUUCUCCAUUUUUUUCUGAAAUAAAAUGUUUUUUUGAAAAAAUAAUUACCUCCUGACAAUUUUUUGCUCACACACAAUAUAAAUCAAAAAAUUUUUUGUUUGAAAAAAUAAUUUUUCAGAGGGUGUUACAGCAGCAAUUAUCAUCGGUUUUCUCACCGAAUCACUCACAAUUUUAUCUCAGCUCAACGAGUAUCGAGAGACACUUUACAUUAUUUUUGGAAUUGUUUGUUUGGUUUCAUGGUUGUGUUUUAAUUUGUGGGCAUUGAGGUGAGCUCUGAAAUAUUUGGUAGAUCACAAAAAAAAGUCCAAAAUAUGGCUUCCGGAAAUUUUUUGUUCAAAAAUACUAUGUAGGUCAAAAAAUUUUUUCAAAGAAGCAGAAUAGUGGGUGUAGUUAUUUUUAAAAUUCAACUCAAAUCAUUUCCUGUAAUGAAAAAAUGACGAAAAAAAAUUGUGAUCAAUUCAUUUUCCCCAAUUUUUCUCCCGAAUGUUUAAUCGCCGAAAACGGAAGUAUUUUUCGAAAAAGUAUCCUUAUUAGGAGUUCAGGACACAAGUCAUUAUGAAGAUUUUGACAACUGGGAGAUGACAGCUUUUUUUAUACUCAUUUCAAAAAUCCAAAUAUGUUUCUAUGAUGAGAAUUAGGACUAACAAUAAUAAUUGUGACAUUUUUAAACAGAAGAAACGGAAAUGAUGUCCCUUAAUCUAAAGUUCGAAACAAAAAAUAAUGGUUUCCGGAAGUUCGUGGGAAAAUUAUUUUUGUUUUUUUUUUCAGAAUUUAAAAUGUUUUAAAUGAAACACGAGAUGAUUAAUGCUAAAUAAUUAAUGCCAAAUAAUUUUUUUCCAGAGAAUUUUUCUGCCCAGCAAUAUUUGGAAGACGACCAAAUCCGAGUGAAGAUAGACUCGCAUUUAUCAAACUGAAAUAUGUGUCGAGGUAACUUUUUAGCGUUUCUUGAAAUUCCACCAAACAAAACUGUUUUCCAGUGGCAAAUUCUUAAUCAAUCUAACCAACCAAAAUCGACGCGAAGAAAUUGAGAUGAAUAAUUUGCAAAUUUUUGUUGUCUGA